AUGGAGUCGAACGCGAACGGCGUCACCGAGGGCGACAAGCCGGCUUCACUCGGCAUGGCAGCGAUGGAUCUCAGUUGGCUGUUUUGUUCCGCCGAAGAGCAGCUAUUGAUUACUAUCAAAUGCGGCGAAGAUGGCGACGAAAAGACUUUCACGGUCUUGAAGCCAAUCCUGACGAAGCACUCAAAGUUCUUCGAAAAAUGCCUUCGGAACCCGUGCAAAGAGUCGGCCUCCUCGACUAUCGAGCUCCCCGAAGUGAAACCAGGCAGAAUGAUGCUCUACCUCACACUUGCCAAUCGACAAGCGCUCAUGAGAGGCAGUUCAACGAACAAGACGUUGGUCGAGCUUGACGACUUCUCGACUGCUGCUGCUCUCGAGUCUCACGUCAAAUUUUAUCAGCUUUGCGAUUUCCUUCAGAACGAUGCCCUUGCGAAGGGCGUUAGGGACAUGCUUGUCCGCUACGUCAAGGAUCGAGACAGAGUCCACGACGAAGACGACGCCCCCACCAUCUUCAGAGUUUAUGCUGGGGCUUUUGAUCUUCUCGAGCCUGGUCAUGUCGGCCAAGCCAAACUUCGCCGCAUUUUGGUCAAGACCUUCUGUCGUUUGGCCGUUCCUUCUGUUUACUUCAGGCAUUGUUCAGUUCUGUCAAACUACCCGGAAUUCCUUAUGGAGGUCGGCAAGCAGUACGCGCUCAAUGCCAUGUGGAAUGAUCCUUUCCUCAGGAGCACCGCAUGCUUAUCGAUGACGAGUCAGAGACGGAGCAGUAGAAAACAGAGCCGCCGGCAACGAGGAUGA